UUAGAUCAGUAAAUGGCAUUUUAAUUUACAUUGACAACUUUUUACAGUAUUAUUUUGCAAAAGGCUGGUCUGAAUUAAUUAAUUUACUCGAUUAGCUAUUUUGCGAUAUGACGGUCUUAUAUCUUUUCGACAAGCCAUAUAAGUUAUUAAAAAAUAAAUAUUUUUUCCAGGUUAAUUGAUUUGUCAUCCAACAAAAAUAUAUGGACCAAUAACAAAUGCUCAUCGUCUUUUUAUUGUCGUCCAAUUAAGUUUAGUUUCAAGAAGGAAAACCGCGAACUAGUUCUAUUCGAAUAUAAUGAUAUGUCGAGAAAAAUUGAGAACUUAGAAGAUGAUGUUGUAAUACGAAACGGAAAAGGGAUUCAAGUUUCUUAUCAAAUGCAUUGCACCAUGAUUGAUGGAUCUGUUGCCAAUAUUUUGACUGGCACUAAUGCUUCCAGUAACUGUUUUAUUUGCCAUGCCAAACCGACCGAAAUGAAUGUUACUAAUUUUACAAAAGUACCAAUCGCUAAUCAUUACAAGUAUGGGUUGUCUACACUGCAUGCUUGGAUUAGAUGUUUUGAGUGUUUACUCCACAUCGCAUACCGUUUAACAUUUAAAUGCUGGCAAGUUCGCAAAGAAAACAAAGACGCCUUUUCUGCGAAUAAAGUUAGGAUUCAAAAUGAGUUUAGGACAAGAUUAGGCUUAAUAGUGGACCAAGUAAAGACUGGAUUUGGAACAACUAAUGAUGGCAACACAGCUCGCAAAUUUUUUUCAAAUGCAGAAGUGGCAUCAGAAAUUACCGGCAUUAAUAAAGAGCUAAUUCAAAAUUUUUCAAUAAUACUGCGAUUAAUAUCGUGUGGAAUGCGUAUUAAUAUCGACGCGUUUAGAGAGCUCCUUAUAAGGACAAGAACAAUGUAUUUGACUGAAUACGAAUGGUACUACAUGCCUAGCAGCGUGCAUAAAAUAUUGAUGCAUGGGUGUGAGGUUAUUGAGUAUUUCGAUCUACCAAUUGGCAAUUUUUCAGAGGAAGCUCUGGAAGCUUUACAUAAACACAUACGUAUCGUACGAUAUGAUCAUACACGUAAAACUGCUCGGGAGCAUACAAACAGAGACUUGAUGUCAUACUUAACAAUAUCAUCAGAUCCUGAAGUAGUUUUUAAAAAGAGUGCUAUCCCAAACAAAAAUGCAGUUUAUACAAUGGACGAGCUGGAAGAGUAUUUAGUCGAUGCUGAAGAAACUUAAAAGUAAUAAGUACCCUUCAGUCAACUCAAUUAGUUUUAUACUAAUCAAAUACUAGUCAGCCACACGGCCUCAACUAGUUCGAGUUCUGUAAUUUUUCCAUAUAAGCAACUGGCCGCGGCGAUGUCCUACGAGAUGGCAAUUGUCCUCUUCUGCAUCAGCACUAUACCAGUUGGCAUACUAGUCAGCCUCUGCAUCAGCAAUAUAUCAGUUGACAUACUAGUCAAUAUAUACAUCA